AUGCCGCGUGUCACAGUCUACCCCCCUGGAGGUCUCCCCCGCGCGCCCCGCGGUCUUCUGGGACCGCGGGACGCACGAUGCGUGUCAGUGCAUGCGGGUGGGCGCUCGUUGGAUGUAAACACAUGCGUGCACGGGGCGUGGUUGUCGUGUAUUGAUCCUCGUAUGAGACUGGCUGCGGCCGCCCGCGCAGCGCUCAGGACCUGCCCUGCGCGACUCCAGGCGAGGUUCCAGACCUCGGGAAGCGCCGGGCGUAGGAUUUCGCGCAUAACGCCGCUUUUUCCGCGGAGCGUGGGAAGAAGGAUGCCAGUUGGCUACCUUCCUAGUUCGAGCUCCGAAGCGUCGCUUCCCGGAAGCGACGACGACGCGUCGGCGUCGGAGGAGGAGUCGCCGAUCGUCGUCGACGUCAAGAGCCCCGCGCUGAUCGAAAAAGCGACGAGGAUUCGCAAGCAGCUGGCGGAGCUGUACCCGCCUCCCGUUCCCAUUCCGCUGGACCACAAGAGCGACUUCCAGCUGCUGGUCGCGGUGAUCCUCUCAGCACAGUCGACAGACAAGAAGGUCAACGAGGUCACCCCGGCGCUGUUCGAGGCCGCACCGGACGCCCCGUCCAUGGCCAAACUCUCCCCCGACGAGGUGAAGGAGUACAUCAAGCAAGUUGGGCUGGCGCCCACCAAGGCGAAAAACAUCGCCAACAUGGCGCGCAUCCUCGUCGAGAAGCACGGCGGCAAGGUCCCCAACGAUCACGAGGCCCUCAAGAAGCUCCCAGGGGUCGGCCAGAAGACGGCGAGCGUCGUGAUGGCGCAGGCGUUCGGCGUGCCCUCGUUCCCUGUGGACACACACAUCCACCGCCUCGCGCAGCGCUGGGGGCUCUCGGUGGGACCCACCGUCGACCACACCGAGGCGAACCUGCGCGCUCUGAUGCCCCGCGACACGUGGAACGACUUACAUUUGCAAAUCAUCUACUUUGGUCGCGAGCACUGUCCUGCCAAGUCGCACGACCCAGCGGGGUGCCCGAUAUGCUCGUGGGCGGCCGUGCCGCCGUACAACCGCGCGGGGGUGUCUCCGCUCAAGGCGGGGGAGUCUCUCAAGUCCCGCCCGGACCUGGCGCGGAGGAUCCGGGCGGCGAGCCCGGCGGGGAUGAUCGAGAAGACGAAGCGGGCGAAGAAGGCCAUCGAGGACGCGGGACCGGCCGCGAAACCAGCGAGCGGCGGCAAGCGGAAGCCCGCGGGGGGCAAGGGUGCCUCGCCAGGCGGCAAGCGAGGCCCUGCCAAGGCGGCGCCGCCCGAAGCGAAGGCGAAGCGACGGAAGUCGGGGGGCGACGACUUCGACGAUUUGAUUGGUUGA